CAAGCCACCCCUCCAUUGUAUGAACAAAGAAGCACGUGCCUCUUCAAGGCAUUCACAGAACAGAUCUGCUCAGUGGUUUUGCUCUUCCUGUUCUCCUUUGCUGUGCUACAUUUACACCAGCUCACAGCUCUCAGAACACGGAAGUGACGGUUCCUUCGAGACUAAAUCCGUCCCCAAAAACGCAACUUUAGACAGGUGCUGUGGACGCUGUGAUCAGGGACCCCGGUCUGGAGUCCCGGGAUCUGAGUGUCCGUCUAGAAGAGAGAUGAGCAAAGGAAAAGCCAAAGGGCAGGAGAAUGUGCACAGUUCUCUCCUCAGCAACCAGGAGAAUGAACGUCUGGAUGUGCUUCUGGGAAGGAGAUGCGUGACCACGGCCACGGCAGUUAUUCAGCUGUGCAUGGCUGUUCCUCACAGUCCAAAUCAAUGGAGCCUCCAACAUACAGGAGUUGUGUGUUUUGUUAAGGACAAUAUAAAACGUUCUUAUUACAUCCGGCUUUUUGACAUCAAGGAAGGUAAAUUAAUUUGGGAGCAGGAGAUGUACAGUCCGUUCACAUAUUCCUGCCCAACACAGUUCUUCCACAGCUUUGCUGCAGAUGACUGUCAAGUAGGUCUGAACUUUGCUAGCGAUGCAGAAGCUGAGUGUUUCAGGAACAUUAUCGGGGGGAAGGUCAAUCAUAGAACCCAACGCCAAGAAAAAAGACAACAUGCUCCAGUUGAAGAAAAACAGGUGCUACAACAAAUUCCUCCAUCAAAUGGUCCAGUUCCACAGCAAACUGUAAUGGCAACAGUGGAUAUCCAGAACCCAGAUAUACUGGCUUCAAGGUACCGCUCUCCCCCAGUGCCCACACCUGCACCAGCCUCCCUCUUCAUAGGCAAGAAGGACAAAAAGGGAAAGAAGAAAGGCCCAAAGCUUACAAAAGCAGACAUCGGAGCUCCUAGUGGAUUCAAACACAUCACUCAUAUUGGGUGGGAUCCAAGCUCUGGUUUUGAUACCAACAAUAUGGAUCCUGAUCUCAGGAAACUAUUUCACUGUGCUGGAAUCAGUGAUGCAGAGCUAACAGACAGAGAAACAUCUAAGAUGAUCUAUGAUUUAAUCGAGCAAUCUGGGGGAUUGGAUGCAGUUAAAGAAGAAAUGAGGAGGAAGGACGAAAUGACUACUUCCCAGGGUCACUCUGGAGGUCCUCGUUCAACCCCUGCACCUCCACCACCAAGGGGUGGACUCCCCCCACCUCCUCGCCCUUCCCCACCUGGACGUAGUCCUGGACCCCCGCAUCGUGGCCCACCGCCACCCGCUCCACCUGGAGGUCGACCUGGGCCUCCACCCCCGCCACCUCCCGGCCAGUGUCAUAAACCACCUACUGCGCAAAUGGGUGGAGGUCCACCACCUCCCCCUCCUCCCCCACCUCCUCCACCUCCUGCAACUUCUUCUGCUCCCAGCUUCCCCAGUAGUCCUGCCAGCUCAGCUCCUCCUCCCCCUCCUUCUGGUGGUGGAGGACGAGGAACCUUACUGGAGGAAAUCCGGCGUGGACGUUUGCUAAAGAACGUAACCGAGUCACAAGACCCUUGCUCUCAAGGUCAGGAUGAGUCCUCAGAAGGCAUUGUUGGAGCCCUGAUGAUGGUCAUGCAGAAGAGAUGUAAAGUUAUCCAUUCCUCAGAAGAUGAAGACGAUGAUGGUUGUGGUGGUGAUGAGGAUGAAGAUGAGGAAUGGGACGACUAAGGCUUCGGUUUGCUCUCUGUUCACACACUUAAAUGCCAUAAAAGUUUAUGCUUAAUCUAAUCAUUUGAGCAAAAGGCAUUUUCUCUUUACCUGACAUAAUUGUAAUUUCAAUAAAUGAUCUACAUAUCUUAACAUCCAAUAAAAUAUACCCAUUAAAUAUAGUAA